CGGGUGUGUGUGCAACUGAUCCCACCCACGCCAUUCGUCCUUUGUGUGUGUGUGUAUCCCUGCUUAUCCCUCCCCUCUUCCUUCACUCACAAUGGCCGACGACGACGACCUCUACGACGACCUCUACGCUCCAGACGCCGCGGACCAGCAGCCAGCCGCCGGUGACCCUUCCUCGGACAACCGCGACGACUUUGGCCUAGACGAUGAAGCAGUCGGCAGUGGGAAUCGUGAAGCAACAGCAGCUGCUACACAGGCAGGUACUUCAGCGGCAGCCAUGCCCGAUAGCAAGACCUCGGCGGUAGAAGGUAGCAGCAGUACCGGCAUCACUGGCGGAUCUUCAUCUUCUGUAGCCGGCAGCUUCAUCCCCCCUUCAUCUUCCUCGUCUUCGGCACAGCAGAGAUCCUCCUUCAUCCCUGCGCCUCAGUCCAAGGCCGGCGGCUCCUCUUUCAUCCCUCAGCAGUCUUCGAUACAAUCUCAGCAGCAGCAGCAGCAACAGCAGUAUCAGCCACAGCAGCAGGCUGGCAGUGGGCUUCCCGCCUCGCUCCAGCAGAGGCCUAAUCACUUGCCUCAACCUCUGGGACUCGGCGCUGGCAAUGCUGCUCACCAGCACAGCGCCAAUGGCGGGGCAGCCGGAGGAGGCGGCAACGAAGAUGGGUGAGUAUCGCAUACAGUCGCAGAUCAGAGAGGUCAGGGGAUCGCACCUCUUGUCCCCUAGCAGUCCCGUCCCUUCGUUCUUUUGUCGCACGUC